AUGAGGCUGCCCCUGGCCCUGCUGACGCUGGCCGCGCUGGGGGCCGCGGGCGGCGGGCCGGGCCCGGAGGCGGCGCCGUCGGGGCAUUUCUCCACGCCGGAGCAGCACCGGUGCGGCUGGGAGGUGCGCCGGGCGGCGGGGAGCAGCGAGCUGCGGCUGAGCUGCCGGCCGCCGUCGGGCCGCGGGGCGGAGCAGAGCUGCGUGUAUCGCGGAGAGCCUUGGCGCUGCCCCGCCUACGGCGCGCGCAGCCGGCAGUUCUGGCGGCAGAUCGUCGCCCGGCUCCGCCGUCGCCGCCGGCCCUGCGCGGAGGGCGGCCCGCUCAGCGCCCGCUUCUGCGGACCGGGCCGAGCGCCGCCCGAGGCUCAGCUGCGCCUGGUGCCGCCCGGCCCCAUCGCGGCCUCCGCCGAGCCUUCCCCCGAGCAGCUGGCCGAGACCUACUGCGCCCAGCGCUGGCACUCGCUGUGCGCCUUCUUCGCCGGCUUCUGGCAGGGCUGA